UAGCCAUACAGGCUCAGUGCAGAAAGUGGCGUGCCUGUCCUUCCUGCAGGACCCGUCACUUCGACCUGCUGGGUUACUGUGGGUUGUGGUGGUGAGUCCCUGGGUGCUGAGUGGCAGCUGCCUGUCCGGUUCAGAGAGCCCUUCUUGUGGCUGGGACGCCCAGGGCCAGGUCUCAUUCAGCUUUGCAGUGGUGACUUCCUUACACCCUGCUGCCUCAGUUUCCCCAUCUGUAGAAUUGUGUCUGUGACACUGUGGUAGAUAGUCAGUGUUAGAAGUCACAGCAGGCAGUUCAGGUGGUGUGCUGGGUUGUAUUCGCUGAGUCACCGAGCUGAGUGCCAGGGACGCCCUCAGAAGCCACAGCUGUCCUGUGGCACGCCGUGACCACACAGCUGCGGUAUCUCCCCCUCGAGGCGGGAUGUUGCUGUAGCGUGUGUCUAAUCCUCAGAGGUCGCAGGGGAGGAUGUGGAGUCGGCCUGCGGGAGCUGUUCUCUCUCAGGGUCCGGGGGGAGGGUAGGAAGGAGGUGAGAGAGGCUGGCUGUGAGCCCCUCCAAAGCACGAGCUCUUGUCUUAAGAGGGGAGAAGAGGCAGGAGCUGCGCUCACACCCGCACAGUGGGCGGCCAGUGGUGACCCCGGAGGAGAUCUUUCAGCACCUACAGAGCAUAGUGGACUUUGGCAAAAAUGUCAUGAAAGAGUUUUUAGGGGAGAACUAUGUUCAUUGUGGGGAAGUUGUUCAGCUGCCUCUGGACUUUGUGAAGCAGCUCUGUUUAAAGGUACAGUCUGAAAGACCAGAAUCUCGCUGUGACAAGGACCUGGACACUCUGAGUGGUUAUGCUCUGUGCCUUCCCAAUUUAGCCCGACUUCAGACCUACCAUUUUGCAGAGCACCGGCCCAUUCUGUGUGUAGAGAUCAAGCCAAAAUGUGGGUUUAUCCCCUUCUCCAGUGAUGUUACGCAUGAGAUGAAGCAUAAGGUGUGUCGUUACUGCAUGCACCAGCACCUCAAGGUGGCAACUGGGAAAUGGAAGCAGAUAAGUAAAUACUGUCCCCUCGAUCUCUAUUCUGGAAAUAAGCAGAGAAUGCACUUUGCCUUGAAAAGCUUGUUACAGGAGGCCCAGAACAACUUAAAGAUCUUUAAGAACGGUGAGCUGAUUUACGGCUGCACAGACGCCCGUGGCCCGGUGGCUGACCGGAGGGAGCUUGCCCGCCACCUGAAGCCAUUCUUCUUCCCAUCCAACGGCCUGGCCGGUGGGCCCAACUGCACGAGGGCCGUGAUCCGGGAGCUGGUGCGCGUCAUCACGCGGGUGCUGCUGAGUGGUUCAGACAAGGGCCGGGUGGGCGCCCUGAGGCUGGGGCCCGGGCCACAGGGCCCACAUGUCUGCGAAGCCAGCCCUUUCAGCAGGACACUGCGCCGCCAAGGAAAAAACUCCCCGGAGUGCUCGGGGUUACCGAAGGGCUGUCUUCUGUACAAAACCCUCCAGGUGCAGAUGUUGGACCUGCUGGACAUCGAAGGCCUCUACCCUCUGUACCGACGGGUCGAGAAGUACCUGGAAGAGUUUCCCGAGGAGAGAAAAACGUUGCAAAUAGAUGGGCCUUAUGAUGAAGCGUUUUACCAGAAGCUGCUUGAUCUCUCCACUGAGGACGAUGGGACGGUGGCCUUUGCACUGACCAAGGUUCAGCAGUACCGGGUUGCCAUGACUGCGAAGGACUGCUCCAUCAUGAUUGCACUCUCCCCCUGUCUGCAGGACACCAGGUCUGAUCAAAGGCCCAUCGUCCCUUCGUCGCGGUCCAGGUUCACCUUCUCUGUGUCUGUGCUGGACCUCGACCUCAAGCCCUAUGAGAGCAUUCCUCAUCAGUAUAAACUGGACGGCAAGAUAGUCAACUACUAUUCAAAGACCCUGCAUGCCAAAGACACUGCCGUGAUGCCGACUAGGUUCAAGGAGAGUGAAGAUUGCACGUUAGUCCUCCAUAAGGUGGGACUGCCUCUGGGAGACACACAGUGGAAGAGCACUGGGAACAUCUUCCAGGACAAGGAAUGUCCGACGUGAGCCCAGCAGUGUGCCGUGUCAUGGGGGCCGCUCUGGGCAGGUCUUCCUUCCAGCCAGGGCUCACGUCUAAUCUCUAAUGCAGAAAGCCUUACUCUAAGACCCAGGGUUUGGAUCUCCUACCCCCGACUCGAACAUAGAAAACUUGAAUUGUCAUGCACGUCUCACAGUUUGGACUCAAGGAAACUCGGAAACUACUGGAACUGUCCCAGCUGAGUUACUUGGUCACUUUCAGUGCAAGCCCCACGCCAGCACAGGUUUUGUGGUUCCCUGCUGCACAGAGCGAUGGGUGGUUGUACGAACGUCGGUUGAGCAGCAUGGACUCGGAGGCCCUGUGGAAGUACCACGCCCACCCCUCUGCGUGGUCAGCAGGGAGUGUGGGACUCAGGUCACGGGUGGACACCACUCAUGCGAGCGUUACCUUUGUUUUUUUGCUGAAUGAUUUGUCUUUAGGUUGAGGGGAGACAAGGCGUUCUUUCCCACCUGCAGGUGCUGCUGUGGAAGCUGGCAGCAGAGCCGCAGCCCUCAGCUGCCGUGCCCCGAGCAGUGUCGCGAGGCGGCUGUACUCCACCAGCUCUGUGUUCAUGGCUUGUUUGGGUGUCUGGGGCCCUCAGCCAGUUCCACCAGAGCCAGCGUUGAGUUUUCCCUCCUCCCCGUACCCGUUCCUUUCGUGGGCUUCACCGAGACCUGUGGGGUUUGCGGCCUCGAGUGGUGCUGGGCCACCUCCUUGUCUGGGCUGCGUGAGGCCCUGCUUCUGCAAGAUGAGCAACUCCUGGCUGGCACCAAGAGGGUUCUUGUUGGGGUCACCAAAGUGUGCCCGGCUGCUAAGAGAACUGUUGGGAAUCUUGGCUUCAGUUUUUAUUCUAUGGUAGGUUGUACAGAUUGAUUAUUUAUAUCGUCGUUUGAGGGACUAAUGAAGGCUUACUGUAACAUAAUAUUAUAAUUUUAGCGAAACCAUGGAAUUGUAAUGAAAAUGCUACAUGAAAAAUAAGAAUAUUUUGCUGAUUGUACAUUUUUGUGGGGCAUUUUGUGAUAACUUGAGAAUUACACUUGCUUGAAUCAA